CUGUAUAUUUUCAGCAAAUGUGUCACCCUGGUAACAUACAUGACCAAACUGCACAGCACCAUCCUCCACUGUCUUCAGUACCAUCAAUAACAACCCAGUCUCAACAAUCAUCAGAUCAUUCACAGAACCCUCCUUCUACAUCAUUGUCUUCACAAAACCAGGAAAUGUUACAGCAUGGGCCAAAAAAUAGUGGACCCCUUAGUGCUCCCUCUUCUUCUUCUGUUGGUAACAACAGUAAUGGAAACCUCCAACUUAAUUGUAAUGGUAAUAGCAAUCAUUUUAGCCAGCCAUCCUCUGUGAAUAAUAACUCCCUCUCUGAUGCACCAGAUUUAUGUGAUUUAAACAUUGCUUCUAUUUUUGACAGUGACAGCCAAGGUCCAGAUGGUGAUGACCAAAGUCAGGAAAGUUUGAAUCUACUACCAGAAACAGUUGUGGAUCCAAUGGAGUUAUUAUCAUACCUCGAACCACCAGAAUUAUGUAGUUCUAGUGGAAAUUCCUGCACUACCUCAAGAAGUACCACUAGUACCACAGCAUCUAACAGUGGCAAUACCAUAUCAACCUCUAAUGGUACAAGUGAAGACAUUCUGGCUUUGUUUGAUACAUAAAUUGUGGUUGUUACUAGGAAACUUCUCCCCAAGUAGCAAAAAAGUAACAAGUCCCUGGGAUAUUUGCUAACUUACAUUAAACAAAUGCUGUGAUUGUGUUGCAAUGCAAAAAAAACUAAAAAAAAACUUGUAUUUUGAUUACAGUAUACUCUGCUGGUGAUUGCUUGGUAAUAGAAAAGACAUACUUUUGGUUACAGCACACAAUGAUAUUGAUUGUUUGACAACACAAACGAUAUUGAACUGUGUUUCAGCACACUCUACUAGUAAUUGUUUGGUAGCAUCAAAACUUGUAUUUUCUUUGCAGAAAACUGUUGGUUCUUGUGUAUAAAUUUGAUGGCUAGGCAUGCCUUAGAACCAAUAGUUUGUUUUCCACGUGAGUGUUAGAAAUUAAAGAUUAUUAAACAAUAUGAUAAAUUACCUCGUCUUAAGCCAGCUUGGAAAGUUAGUGGAAGAUGAAAAACUAAAGCAUUCUGUAAAUUUGGAUGCCCAAAACCUGGUGUAGAUCCAGAGGUAUGCAACUGUUGCAAUGAAAAAAUAAACAAAAAAAAACCUGUGAUUGAUACCAUCUAAUUACUGGAAAAACAUUUUGGAUUAACUUCUGUAAAUGAAGUAAGAAGUUGGCAUACACCAUUAUUGUUGUUGUUGUUAUUAUCGUUGUGUAAUAUAAAUAUAUCAAAGUGAAUGAUCAUGUGUUCUGCUGUUUAUUAAAAAAAUGCUGUUUCUAUAUUUAUUUUGUGAAGAAACUUGAAAAAUAUAACUUGUUGGUAGUAUUUACUGUGUUUUAACAAAUCUGUAAUUUAGUGCAAAACUUUUGAAGACUACAUUAUGUCUUCUACAAAUCAGCAUCAUAUAUGUCACCCAGAAACGUUUCUCAUCAGCAGAAUGUCCCCAUAAAAAUAAAUCCAUCAUGCAAAACUAAAGCCAAGGACAUUUUUGUUUUUGUUUGGAUUUUUUUUUUUUCAUUUGAAACAAAUGCUUUUGAAUAAAACCCUUAGAACACUUGCAUGGUUAGUUUGAAAUUGAUUACUUUUAAAAACCAUGUGUGAAUUUUUUUUCCUUUUUAUAAAUGUUUAAUUUCCAUUAAAAGAAAUAACUUAUGCCUAUGGUAUUGAAAAACACUCAUUACAAAAAUUUUUGUUGAAAUGCUUUUGAAUAAAACCCUUAGAACACUUGCAUGGUUAGUUUGAAAUUGAUUACUUUUAAAAACCAUGUGUGAUUUUUCCUUUUAUUAAAAGAAAUAACUUAUGCCUAUGGUAUUGAAAAACACUCAUUACAAAAUUGUUUGUACAUUCAUUUACUAUAAUUUGUCUCUUGUUUGUCCAAAUCAACAUAACUAUGGAAGAAAAAAAAUGGAAUAAAAUUAGCAAGAUGUUUUUUGUACUCUACUGAAGCAUUUGUAUUGUCAUACUUUGCCAAACUCUUUAGAUGUUGUAAAUAGCUAUGGUGAAAGUGUAUAGUAUAAUCUUGUUUUUAUAAUGACAGUGGAUUUUUUCAGUAUGUUUUUUUUUUUUGCCUCUUGUGAACAAUUGUGUAAAUAAACAUCGUUAUCAUAGUUUCCUCAGGAAAGAGUAUUUUCAUGGGUUAGUAUUGGUUUGCAACUUUGAGUUUCCUAUCUAUGCAGUAAAGGACAAUAUAAGCAACUUUCUACCAAUUCACCUGGUAUUGAUACUUCACCAUGUUCAGUCUUUGUCAUGUUGUGGACUGUAAAUGUAUUUUAUCUGGUACAAAGAAGGAAGUGACAAUGGCAAAGAUAGAGUAGUCUCUGAUAAAGAUGUAUUUAGUUGAACAGGUAUUUUAUUUUAUAGCAUCUAAGUAUUUCUAACUAUAACUGACUUUUUUCUAUGCCUUUAUCAGUCAUAAAAUGAUGAAUACAUUCAUUCAGAAACUAGACCACAACUUGCAUUGUAUGACGUCAUACAACAUGCAAGUGUAUUGACAUGGUGGUUAGUUUUAUUUUUAAUGUUUUUAGGUAACUUUAAUGAUGUAUUAAGGUUUCUUAUAGAAAUUGGAAUGCAAUUAACACUUUUAAAGCAUUUAUAUAAUGUUUGUACUGCAUUUAAUACAUUUUUUUUUUUUGUGAGAAAGUAAUCAUUUUCAAAUGAUGUGACUGCACAAGUUACUAGUAUAUAAAUUAGUUAAAUCAGGCUGCCAUAAAGGUCAAAUGUAGUUCAUCACCAUAGCCACUGAGCAUUGGUUUCUAUUUAACUGAUAACCAAAACUAGAGAAAAUGUAGCUCUGAAACAGCAGGUGACAUUUUUUAUAACUGAUAAACAAGUGAAAUGAUGCAACAAAAGGUCAGGUUCCUGACAUUGCUAAAAUUUUAUAAAAAUAAGUUAAUAUUUGACUAUAAGCACAAAGUAUUCUUUUGUGAGCAAGGAACAUUUCAGUACUUAUAUUCAUAGUAAAUUAAGGUAACAUUGUUAAACAAAUGAGUUUUUAUCUAAUUGAAUAAUGUUUUAUUAACGAAUUCUUUUAUUUCAUUAUAAUAUUUUGUGUGCCUCCCUAAAAAUCAAAAUUUUUAAAUCAAGAAACUAUUUUACCAAAAAAGACAACUUUCCAUUCCAAAAUAUAUAGCACUAUUGUUCUUAAACAUCUAAAAGUGUUUUCCCUUCUUUGUACUUUCUCUUCUGUGUAUGUUUUUUUAGUAUAUUGUACUAGUGUAGAUAUAUGAAUAUUUAUACAAUAAAAAUAUGAUUUGUGUAAUUUUUAUGAAUAAAUCUUUUUUUUUCUCCCAUUGUUUAAGAAAAGUCUCUAAUAGCAAAGUGAAAUGUUACCAAAUAUAAUCAAUAAAUACAGUAUGUUAGUCAAAGUGUAUUUUUUUCCUACACUGUAUGUAAAA